AUGUACCCGUUUCUCGACCGCCCCGCAUUCGAGGAGAGGGCGUUUGGCCAGUCUUUGCCCGAGUAUCUGUCCACAGACAAGGAAUGGUGCGCCCUGUACCAUGCAGUAAUGGGCAUUGGUAGCCUCUACCACGACUGCGGAAGCUUCUCGGCCUUUUCAGGGACAUCUUGGUGUAUUUUUCGCGUGUCGUUGUCCCUAUUCCCUCGACUCGUCUUCGGAAGCCGAGGGCUAGUUACUGCGCAGGCUUUGACGGCAAUGGCCAUCUUUGGCUCUACGUACUCUGCUUUGCCUAUCGAAGAUGUCCUCGUCACCGAGGCUGGGAGAAUUGCCACAUCACUCCAACUAAAUAACGAGGGUGUUGCAUCCGACUCUAGAGUCGAAUUACAGAGAACCUUUUGGGUUAUUUACCACCUGGAAACCCUGUACUGCUUCAACACCGGGAGGUCCGGCACAAUUCCGAUGUCUGACAUCUCAUGUUCUAUUCCAGACACGCCGUUGCCACAGGCAAGAGCGUUACCCUGGAUACGGCUAUUAUCUGAGUACUCCCAAGUGCUUUCACGAACCUAUGAUGAACUCUUUUCAGCCAAAGCCCGCAGCAAGUCGAAGCAUUCUAUCCAAGCGGCGUCUAAUCAGUUAUUUGAGGAGCUGGAGUCCUGGAGACUUUCGAUCCCAGCAGAUCUUCGCCCCGGCUCGCCCAUCCGAAGUCACCGGUGCGGUAAUCUCUUGACGACCUCACUUGCAGUCCAUCUACACUUCUCCUUCCACAAUGCUCGGAUCGCUAUUUUGCGGGCCGCUCUACAAACCUGCUCCGAGGAUACGGAGAAACAUCUUGCCUAUCAACAAUUUCUCGUGGAUUCUGCUCAAGGCAUUGCCGAGUUGGUCCACUUGGUUCCACUGGAGCCCUUCGUGUCCCCCUGGAUACAGUACCACAUGCCACAAUCUGCCUUGUUCAUCCUUUUUGAUCUAAUCAUCGACACUCCGACCCACCCUGAGACGAAGAAGAGGUUGUCCUAUCUGCAAAUUUUAGUUGCUUUCUUCGCCCGGCUGGGGCAUACGACCGGGAGAGAGUCAUUUAGCUCAGUGCCCAGCGAGUUUUUGCAGAUGGCUACAAAGUUCGUCGACGAAAUGCAGUACGAUGGGGUAAGACGCUUGUCGCACGACCAGGCAGUCCAGGAAAACAUCACAAAGAAGUCUCUGGUCCCUGACCCAGGGAUGACCGGAGGUCAAGACUUCAUCACCGAUGACAUUCUGAGCUUCCAGGUAAAAAAGAAACUUCCGCUUGGUCACCAAGACUCAGUUGCUAAAACCUCUACAGAGUUUGCCAUUCAUGCUCUAUGA